AUGAUUGUCACUGCACCAGGAAUGAUUGUCACUAUCACAUGUCUUCUAGUUGAUUCUUGGUGUAAAAUAUCAGACAUUAAAGGUGAGGAUAGAGAUGAUGAUAAAGAGACAAAAAGAAAUCAUGGAACAAUCUCAGACAAAUCACAAAUGGAUAUAAGCGUGGCAGAGUGGUUCUGUCAUUACAGAUCUGAUGAUGGCAUUUGUGAGAGAUCAGAUCACCCGUACCUUAAUUAA